AUGGUUUGGGUACGUGGGCUGGUUGGGUUCAUAGGGAUGAUUGGGGUGGUUGGGGCAGUAGGGACGAUUCGGGUGAUUGGAGUGACCAGCAUUGCUACAGUGCUGUGCAUGGGCGUGGUGAACCCCAUGGCGAGCGGCAUUGGUGGCGGCAUUGCUACAGUGCUGUGCAUGGGCGUGGUGAACCCCAUGGCGAGCGGCAUUGGUGGCGGUGCGUUCAUUCUUAUUCGAUCAGCCAACGGCUCCGCAGAGUUUAUUGACUGCCGAGAGACCGCCCCUGCCGCUGCUCACCAGGACAUGUUUGAGGGGCAUGAGGAGGAUAUCAGAAAGGGAGACCUUUUGGACAUGUUUGAGGGGCACGAGGAGGAUAUUAGAAAGGGAGGACUCUCAGUGGGAGUACCUGGGGAGAUCGCAGGGCUUUACCUGGCGUGGCAGCGGCACGGCAGGCUGACGUGGCGCGACCUCGUGACGCCAGCCGCUGACAUGGCAGAGAGUGGCUUCCACGUGGCAGCUUACCUGGCAAACUCCAUAGCUGCCAGCAACGCAACCAUCCUCUCAGACCCUGGACUCAGUGCCGUUUUUGCUCCUGGAGGGAAGCUUCUGAGAAAGGGAGACACCUGCUACCGCCCCGCCCUAGCAGCCACUCUUAAAGCCAUAGCAGCGACAGGCCCAGAUGCGUUGCACCGAGGGGAGCGGGCGAGAGCUCUAGUAAAAGAAAUCCAGGCAAUGGGAGGGAUACUGACUGAGAAGGAUUUGGAGGAUUUCCAGGCGCAAGUGAGGGAGGUGCUUGUGGGGAAGGCGUUUGGGCUGGAUUUCCUGAUGGCUCCCCCGCCAUCGUCAGGAGGGGCGGUGAUUCUACAGGUGUUGAAGAUUCUCCAGGGGUAUGAGCUUCCUCUGGCGUCAGCAGGAGUGUUGGGGUUGCAUCGGGUGGUGGAGAGCUUGAAGCAUGCGUUUGCGCUGCGCAUGCACCUGGGGGAUCCUGCCUUUGUCAACGUUACUGAUGUCAUCCAAGACAUGCUUUCAGACGAGUUUGCCGCCCGGCUUCGAUCCGCCAUCCACGACAACAUCACCUUCCCGCCCGAACACUACGGCCACCCCGAGGACGAGUCAGAAGAGGACAAAAAACGCCACCCGCACCGCCACCAACUAUACGCCCAGCUAGACGACCACGGCACGUCACACACAUGUGUGGUGGAUCAGGAUAGAAUGGCAGUCUCUAUAACAUCUACAGUAAACGGCCCCUGGGGAGCGGGCAGGAUGGCAUCCCAAUCAGGGAUAGUUCUCAACAAUGAAAUGGCGGAUUUUUCGCUGCCCUACCGGCCGGGCAGGAUCCCGAUGCCGUUUGAGCCGCCGCCCGCCCCAGCUAAUUUUAUCCGGGCAGGAAAGAGACCGUUGUCGUCCAUGGCUCCGGCUAUUGUGCUACAGGACGGGCAGCUGAAAGCUGUGGUUGGUGGGGCUGGAGGAACAGUGAUUAUUUCGGCUGUUCUGCAAGUGAUCCUGCACUUCUUUUGCCAGGGUUAUUCACCCUUCAAGGCCAUUGACGCCCCUCGUAUCCACCACCAGCCCCUGCCCAACACGCCCUUCUACGAGGGGGGCCACGUUCUCGACGACAGAGAGUGCAUCUCAUUGCUCCCCAACACGCUGUUCUACGAGGCGGGCCACGCUCUCGACGACGGAGAGCGCAUCUCAGUGCCCAACGCAACCCUCGCUGCCCCAUCUCAUUCCCUUCCCGUUUUCCACAUGCCCCUCCUUCCUCCCUAUCACCAGCUGUUCCCCAACACGUUGUUCUACGAGGCAGGUCAUGCUCUCGACGAUGGAGAGCGCAUCUCAUCUCAGUGGUCAAUACGUCCCAUACCCCACCACACUCCCCCUUUCUCCCCCCAGCUGCUCCCCAACACGGUGUUCUACGAGGCGGGCCACGCCCUCGAUGAUGGCGAGCGCAUCUCAGUGCCCAACGCAACCCUCGCUGCCCUGACCCGCCGCAACCACACCACCUUCCCCAUUCAAUUCGGGGGCUUCGUUCAGUUUAUCGUGCAAGACCUGGACGGCCCUGCAGUAAGUGUUGCUCUGCAGAAGCUUGACGGUCCUCCCAGUGCCGAGCAAAGGCUCGACUCUGCUGCAGCAGUGCCAUCUCAUGGACCCGGCAGGAAACUCAUAUCAGACCAGAAAGCAGCCAAGCUUGCGAUGGCUGAGCCAAACUUUCCGCCUCCGCUGUUUGGGCAGCUCACUGCAGUGAGUGAUCCGCGCAAGGAUGGUGGUCCUGCUGGGUACUGA